AUGCCCAUUGUGGAAGGUGGAUCGGGAGGCAUCGUGCGGCAGAAGCGCGGCAGAACCUCCACCGCCGAGGCUGAAGCGCGAAGUAUGCUAGCCGGCUCCUUCACAAUUCCUACCGGAGGGCCUAUUGUAGAUAUGCAGCAUAGUAAGGAUACCUUCGGUGUGAUCGGAAUGGUUGACAGCAACGGACGCAGCGCACUUAUGACCAUCGCCGAGCUCGAGAAAACAGAGAGCGGGCAUCAUAGACCUCUCCACACCUCCUCAGCGAAAUCUUGUCCUCACAGGUCUUUUUCGUCAUGUGGUUUUGACGAGCUGCCCUCCCCUGAUGCUAUCAUUGCCCGCACGCAGACGUCGAGGAUUAGCUCACGCGCGCAAGGAUUUGAAUUGUACCCAAACAGUGGAAAUAACGCAUUUCAUUCCGAAUCCACAAACAACGGGGGUUCUAUGCGUUUGGGAAAUGGAAUUCUUAACUUUCUAGUUCGUUGUACUUUUCUCCAUGGGAGUUGCCAUUUCGUUCACACGCAACCUUCACACUCGACGUACCACGAUGACGUCGAUUCACCUCUUUUUGUGGAGCCCAGACUCGGGGCGACGCUCAAGACGGAGUUCUUACUGACGUUUUCCUCCGUCCGCUCGCUCAGAGCUAUUCAACGGGUCUCCUGGACUGACACCCGCCAAAAUGCGACAGGCCUCAGCGUAGUUUCUUUGAUGCCUUCUCAGGAUGCCCUAUUGGUUGAGAUGUCGAACGGGGAAACGAUGUUUAUGCCCUUUUUAUAA